AUGAAACAAACAGCAGUCAGAACAUUUCAAAGACAAAUUCCAAGAUUUGGACAAGCCUCCCUUUUCCAUAAGACAAUGGGGACAACAAAUUCUGCAACUCAAAGGAAGGAAUUAAUUGCAGGAACACUUUCUGUCUUAGCUAUUACCGCAGGCUAUGGAUUAUACAGACAAACCGGCGAUCGCAGCGAGAUUAAAGAAAUAUAUAAAAAGGAGAGAAAUACCUAA